AUGAGCGGCAGGCGCAGAUCUCCACCACUGCCUCCACGGCCAUACAACGAUGCGCCAGCUCGUAGAGACUACAGGGACGAUCGAGGUGCAGCUUCCUCUUCUCAUGACUAUCGAAGACGGCGCUCUCCGAGCCCGCAACAUUCAAGAUCAUCGAGUUCGAGGUAUGAGUCAGACAGACGUGAUCGCGACGACAGGGACGAUUGGAGAAGCCAACGCAGAGAAAGGGACAGAGAUGACUAUCGAUCCAGAGACAGAGAUAGGGACGACCGACAGCGGGAUCGUGCCCCGCCUCCUCCGCGAGACAGACCAGACGCGUAUCAGCAGGACGCAUGCUCUUCGCGCGACUAUCGCUCUGCGCCAUCAAAGCCUCGCCAGAAUGACGAUGCAUCAGUGAGCUCGAGUCGAGGUACAAACCAAUCAUCCGCGCCACCAUCAACACGCGCACCAUCGACAUCAGCACCGAAUGCAAGCGAUACCCACAACAAGCCGAUCGAACAAGAAGAGCAAGAUGAUGGGGAGGCCGGAGAAGAGGACGGCGACGAAGACGCAAUGGCCGCCAUGAUGGGCUUUGGCGGGUUCGGCACCACAAAAGGCAAAAAGGUCACGGGCAACGCAGCGGGCGCAGCAGAGGUGAAAAAGGAACGCACUUGGAGGCAGUACAUGAACCGAAAGGGUGGAUUCAACAGACCGCUCGACAAGAUCAAAUAA